AUGGUGACUGGUUGUGUUGAUCUUCUUCGUCAAUCCUACAAAUCUGCAGAUUCCUCAGUGCCGAUUCCUCCACCUCUUCCAUCAAAAUCCGAUAAAAGACACGGCGGCAAUGACGUGGCAACAGGACUCGGAAACGGCUGCGUUUCAACAGCCACAAGAGACACGUGGGAUCGUCUCUUCAACGAUGGAUACAAAGCUGAUGUUGUCAUCUACACAGAUAACGGCGGCGUCGUCUACGCUCAUUCCAACAUAAUCGGAACAGCUUCUACUGUGAUCAAAGGAAUGUUGAGUCAAGCCAAAAGACAUGGCAAAUGGCAUACAAUCUCAAUCCGUGGUGUCCCUCAUGACGCUGUUCGAGUUUUCAUCCGUUUCCUCUACUCUUCUUGCUAUGAGAAAGAAGAAAUGAACGAUUUUGUCAUGCAUUUGCUACUUCUCUCGCACGCGUAUGUGGUUCCUCAGCUGAAACGGCUCUGUGAAUGGCAUCUAGAGCACGGUUUGCUCAACACUGAGAACGUGAUCGAUGUGUUCCAGCUCGCGCUUCUCUGUGACGUCCCAAGGCUUAGCGUCUUAUCUCACCGUAUGAUCAUGAAACACUUCAAGGAGCUUUAUGCGACUGAAGCAUGGAUCGCUAUGAAGAAAAGCCAUCCCUUUCUCGAGAAAGAGCUCAGAGACUCUGUGUUCAUCGAAGAAAAUAUGCGAAAAGAGAGUAUGAGAAGACGCAACGAGGAGAGGAUAUAUUCGCAGCUGUAUGAAGCAAUGGAGGCUCUUGUUCAUAUAUGUAGAGACGGAUGUAAAACGAUAGGACCACACGAUAAAGAUUUGAAACCGAACCACGCGACGUGUAACUAUGAAGCUUGCAAAGGGUUAGAGUCACUGAUCCGGCAUUUCGCAGGCUGUAAGCUUAGGGUUCCUGGAGGUUGCGUGCAGUGCAAGAGAAUGUGGCAACUCCUUGAAUUGCAUUCUCGUGUUUGCGCUGAUUCUGAUCAAUGUCGAGUCCCACUGUGCAGAAGCUUUAAGGAGAAGAUGGAGAAACAGGGCAAAAAAGAUGACGUGAGAUGGAAGCUUCUGGUGAAGAAUCUUUUGGGGAGUAAGAAAAUCGGAGGCUCUCGUUUCUUUUUACGGGUGACGACGACUAGCUCUUCCUCCUCCGUUUCGUAA